AAACUGCACUCUCACUCUCGCCGCUGCUGCUGCUGCUUCCUGUCUUCUUCUCCUUUCUCUCUCGCCAAGCUCCUUCUCCUUCUUCAUGGAUCGCAAGAACGUGCUCUCCCUCGCGCUGCUCUGCCUCGUCGUCGCCGGCGUCGGAGGCCAGUCCCCCACCGCCGCCCCCACCAAGUCCCCGCCACCCCUGCCCCCGCCACCUCCCCCGUCGCCGCCGCCGCCGCGCCCCCGCCAAGGCCCCGGCGGCCUCUCCCCCGCCGCCACCCCCUGUCGCCGCCGCCUCGCCCCCGCCUCCACGCCCGCCCCGGCCGCGGCCCCUCCCUCAAGGCGGCCGCGCCCGCUCCCGCCGUCGCCCCCGCGACCCCGCCUCCGGCGAGCUCCCCCGGCCACGGCGCCGGUGAGCUCCCCGGUUCCCGUCCCCGCGAAGUCGCCCCCUCCCCCGCGCCGACCGCCGCUCCGGAGAGCUCCCCCCCGACUCCCGUGGAGGUCCCGGCGCCGGCGCCCAGCAAGAAGAAGUCGAAGAAGAGCGCGCCAGCCCCUCGCCGUCGUUGCUCAGCCCACCUGCGCCGCCUGCCGAGGCACCCGGGCCCAGCCAGAGCGAGGCAGCGUCUCCUGGACCGGCAUUGAACGAUCAGAGCGGAGCAGAAGCCAUGAGAAGCGUGCAGAAGAUAGCCUCAGGCCUAGCAUUGGGAUGGGCUGUCCUCGGAUUGAUCCUCUAGAGAGAACCACGUCAGAGAGGAGAGAGAGAGAGAGAGAGACAUUGAUGUCUGUUCAUUGGAUUUCAUUUAAUCUUUUUUUUUAUUUUUUUUAAUGUUGUCGUCCUUCAGGCCAUGUUAUCUUUAUCAUAUGACGGGCUGACACACUCGCACUUGUGGUGGUUUCCAUUGAUAUUUAAUUGUGUGCUUCCCUAGAGAGAAACCAAGAUCUGUUCUUGACUGGUGACGGUGGGAUCUGGUUUGGUUUCGGGGCAAUUUUCGUUUGUAAUUCUUUCGGGGGGAGCUGCUGGCUCUGUCUGUGCCUCAUUUCUUAAUAUGCCUUUUAAAAUGGACCCCUCUUGGUAAUAAUAAAUUGGCUUUUUUGUUACAGCUGUC